AUGGCGCCUGCGUGGCUGGACUCUCUCUCUGAGGACUGGGUCUCCCAGAAUGGAUCUGAUGCUUCCGAAGGCCAGCUUCCUCCCCUACCACCCCAAGACGAAGUCGAGACACCACAGAUACGACAGUUUGCAAGCCGGAUACCUCGUAGAGCAGGCAAUAGGUCACCAGCUGCUCCACGAAGCGAAAACAGCUCCAACAUCCUCAGUGAGCGCAGCGCAAAUGAGAUCAACAUCUCGAUGAAGAGAUUGCCUUCGAAGUUGUCGCAGGAGGUAAAGCCUGACGUGUCGCGGUCUGCUUCAAAUGGAUCGGUUGUCCAUAAAAGCCUCCCUGGUCGCCGAUCGCCAGAUAAAGAAUCCUCAACCCCAGAAUGGAGGAAGCGCUUGAUUCACGGGGACAUGCCGUAUGGUGAGCAACGAGACUUGUUUUGUUCACCCGCGGUCGGGCUUCAGGAUAUGUUCAAGCCCCCUCAAGAAAGCGGACGAGAGUCUAGGACUGGCCAUGACGGCCCGCAUUACCAUGAUACGACAUUACCAUCGAGUCCGCCAACAUUUCCCCAGCCCAUCACCGAAGCUGAUCUGGGAGAUUACGAGGACUUUGAUGAAGACGAUGAAUAUGCUGUGGAUGUUACUCCUAGCCCGAGCCCCCGACCACUGCAAAAGGGAAUAAAGUAUAGGCCAAACCAGAGUUCGCCAAUUCCCGACGACCGAAAUUCAAACUUUCCUAAGGGUAGUUCCCCCCCGGAUCCUCCCACGCAGGACGAAAUCUACCGCGAUGAGAGCUGCCUGAGCGCCUUGGCACAUGAUGACGUAAUGAGAAAACCAAGUGGACAGAGUGUCACGCGCAACGAAGAUUUCAGCCCUAUCCUGAUUGGAAAGCAUAGUGGUGGCAAUGGGAACGUAGAGUUCGCGCCCAUCGAGGUGCCCGUGGACCAGUUGUGGGCCAAGCUGGAGCGCUUGCGGAUCAACCAGAUGCUUCUUAGCUCCCAGGCCGACUUUCAAGCGGGAUUUGAUACCAGUCCGACCAAAAUGCCGGCUGAUGCUGAGAACACAGAUGAAUAUAUUGGCAACGGAGGCUUCGUGAAUGUCCGACGUGGAGGAAGAUCUGGUGAUGGGUCAUUCUAUAAUCGGGGUUUGAGUUCCGAAAUGGUCGCUGAUACGUCGGGAAUGCUUCCCGAGGAGUCUUUGCAGGCCAGCACGCCGAAACAGUUCCUGUCUGGAAGGGGCACCAGCUCAUAUCCUACGGUGCAAGUCUUGCGAAGCCCGUCUUUACCUCGCGCUCCGUUCCCAAGUCCAGAUAAAAAGAGGCGUUUGUCUGGAAGUACUUCACAGCCGGAAAACAGCCCGCUGAGACUCUUCGGUCCAUACGAUACGUUCACCAACCAAACACUUCUGAGACGUAUCAGUCAAUUUGAAGAAGAAUCUAAGAGUCCGUCGCAAAGAUCCGAGUUGUCGCGUGAAACCGAAGCAUCGCUAGUCCCGGAAAGCCCUGCUGAAACAUCAACGGCCCAAUCACGAAGUUUAAGCAGAUUCGGCAAGAACGAUUUAGAGGGAUACGAAUUCCGCGGAGAUUUGUCAGAUGCGAUCUAUGAAGAUUCUGAUGUCGUCGGCAAGGAAAACAUUGCGCCAAACCAUACCUCACUACCGCCGUACCCACUACAAGGAAGUGCCACCCGAGAAGGUUCUCCUGAUGGAGUUUCUCACUUGGUCAUUGACCGCAAGCGAAGCAAGAAUCAGACGCCCCCUCAGACGAAGCUGAACGAGUUUCCCCUGUCCCCCACCGAUAUCCCGAGCAGUGCUGCGACACCCAAACGUGACCCAGCCUCCGAUAGCAAGCGUCCAAUAACUUCUCCAUCCAAGGAUCCAACUCCCAAAAGGCGGCGGACGCUUCAUCGAUCAGAUAUUGCAUUCGGAGGUGAGGCGAAAGGCGGGGCGGCUGACGCUACAAUCACACAGACGCAGUCGCCUAUGUCGAACAAGAAACGCAAAGAUGCCUUGCCCGGAAGUUUUGAGGUGGCAGAUCCCGGUGUCCUAGCACAGAGGCCCAUCUUAUACCCUCAAGGCACUGCUUCUAGCAGAAAUCGUAUGGUAUCACAGGAUCAGACCAAGAGGUCGGCUAUUCGGGCGCCGCAAAUGGAAGGCGAGGCUGCCUCCAGCGAUGCUGUGACUGAAACGGAUCGUAAGCCGUCCAUCCGUACACAGGAUUUUGUAGACCAGGCAGCUCAAAUUAUGGCCAUGAUCCGCAACCAAGUGAGGCCGGAGCUUGCAAGUUUAGAGGAGUCUGAAGAGCAUGGAGAAGAAAAAGGAGAAGAACAGAAGCCAGUCUCAGACACGGGAUCUAAUCAGGACUCUACCAACGAACCUUUCUCUCGACCACCAAGUCGAGAAGGAAAACCUGUACUGUGGGUGCAGCAACGCCAAGCCGACCCCGAGUUGUUGAGCCGACUAAAGAAAUACCAGGAGUUCAGUGACCUGGGCGAUUUAAUCACGUCUUCAACGAAAUAUCCGGGCCUCGCUAACGAGGAACCGGCUGGACAGCGUGACCGAACCGCCUCUUAUGCUGGUCCGAUGCCUGUUUUGGGCGAGGUAAUUAGUGACCUGCCUAACGUCCGGAUUACAAGCAACGCUUCUCGUGAUGUGCAACAACGAAGUCCCUCGCGAGAUUAUCCUUCGAUUUCAUCCAAUCAAUCCACAAGUCGGAACUUCCCAUCCGCCUCUUCCAGGGGAUCUGAUUCGCGGCGCACAUUAUUGCCUGAGACUGUUUCCCAUCUCAUCCCUGACAGAGUCGGUAGCAUGUGUCUGGACAAGGAUAACAAUGUCUGGGUGAAAAGAAGAGAGCCGCCUCCGGCGCAAGGGCGUCAUUCUCUGCUCUCCGAAGACAGCGAAGAGGAUCCGUUUGCUAGCAUACCGGAUCUUUCCGUUGAUAUGAACAAGGAGAUGCAGAAUCUCAGAUUGGCGAGCGCCGCAAAAGAAGCGUUGACAGUCCACCAUCUUGAGCAGCGAGACUCAUCAAACAGUCCGUCACGACGAACGGAGAACAGGGGGCAUGUGACAGUACCCCUUAGCCAAUCCUCCGCUUCGCGUGCAGCAGUAUUCAAGGCUGGGGGUAUCAGCAAGCCUGCAGCUCCCGGGGAAGGCCAACAAGGGGAAGAAACGGGACUCAACAAUCAUGAUGAUGAGGUCAACAAGAGCAGAGGUUACUCUUCAACUAAGCGACGUAACCUUACGAUUUCCUUUUCAUCGCCGGUAGCGUCCGUUAUCCGCGACAUUAUGCCAAACAACUCCCCUGGUGAUGAGGACGAGAUGGCUCAUCCUUGGCCCAAUAGGUCUGCGGAAGAGACUUCAUGCCAAAAAGUCACGCAACCGACAAUGACAACACCAGACCUGCGUGACAGCCACAAACAGGCCUCCGUCAGACAGGCGUCGCUUCGGGGACCGGCAUUUAUCCCUCGCCCGGUGUCUCGGAUUGACGAACAAGAUGAAGAAAGCACUGUUGAGCUCGGUCAUGCGGAUCGGCAACUUAGUAUAGUUGGCGAACAGAGCAUGAUGAGUCAAAAGACGCCAGACGGACGACGCGCUAGCCUCAGCUUUGUCUUCAACCACACCCCGGGAUGCGGUCCGCUCGCGUUGACAGCAGACGACAGUGCGUUGAUUGGGCGAAACGUCGGAAAGUUGUCACUGAGCCCUCUUUCCGAAUUCACUCUCAACAAUCCUGACCAGUCGUUCGGGUUCGAAGUAAGCUAUGUGAUGGGUCCUCGACACCUGGCAACGGGCAACGGGUCUAGGAAAGUAUUGUCCAUGACUAUAAGAGAGCUCGUGGAUCGACUGGGCGAGGCUGAACCCAAGGAAUCUUUCUGGGAGGAUAUGACGAGUCUCGACCUUCACGAUAAGCGUCUUGCCAGCCUCCAUAUGCUGGACGAGUUUUGCGGCAAACUGGUCAGCUUGGAUGCUUCUGCGAACAAGCUCAACCAUCUCGAGGGUGUGCCCUCUACAGUCCGAGAACUCAAGGCGUCUCACAAUUGCUUGACCGAGUUGACAUCGUGGGAUCAUCUGAUGAACCUGCAGUAUGUUGACAUUUCCAACAAUGAAGUCACGAGCUUAUCGGCGCUCAAGAACUUGGUUCAUCUUCGGAGCAUACGUGCAGAUAACAACCAGCUGACAAGCCUGGACGGACUGAACUCGCACGACGGAUUAUUAUCGCUCAGAGCGAGAAAUAACAUGAUUAGGGCGGUAGACUUUUCGGUGUCAAUGUUCAGGCGGCUGCAAGAUUUGGAUCUGAGCCAGAAUCAGAUCAGCUCCAUCAAAAACCUGGAUCUGCUUCCCGCAUUGACGCAUUUGAGGCUGUCCAAGAAUCGAGUGACGGAGCUACCCGAAGUGGCAUGCAUGUCACCCUUGCGACACCUGGAUGUCAGCGACAAUGAGCUCAUCGCGCUGGACGUGGGCCACUUCCGCAACCUGCAUUCAUUGCAUGCAGAUAGAAACCGCAUUCAUCAUGCGAGUGGCUUUGGCAGCACUCGCCGAUUGGAUAGUCUUUCGCUCCGCGAACAGCGGGGAGACAAAGGCUUGGACCUGGGAUUCCUUGCCAUGGCAUCCGAGGUUCGCAAGCUGUUCCUGUCUGGAAACCACAUGCUGGACUUUGACCCGCAGGUCGAUUUCCUCAACCUGCAGCUACUGGAACUGGCAAACUGCGGUCUGCAGCAGUUGCCAGAGAAGAUGGGCCAGCUGAUGCCAAACUUGCGAACGCUCAACAUCAACUUCAACGCCGUCAGCGACCUGACGCCGCUGCGGUUCAUUCCGAGGCUGAAGAAGAUUCUUGCGGCUGGCAACCGGCUCUCGGACUGCGCCGCGGUCACCGAGCUCCUGACCGAAUUUCCUCACCUGACCCAGCUGGACGUGCGCGACAAUCCCGUCACACUCGGGUUCUACGCCCCGCUGCUGCAAGUGAUGGUACCAGCCGCCGGGUCCGGAUCCGUUGAUCCGUUUAUCCUGCCCAAUGCCGAUGCCGCUAGGGACGGAACGUUUGCGAGCAGGCUGGACGAAGCCACAAAGCUACGACGACGGCUGCAUCAGGUGGCUCUCGUGGCGAGCUGCGGGCGCUUACGCACUCUGGACGGAUUGCCUGUCUGCAGGGAGAAGAUGUUGGCCAGAGAUGAACUGCUGCAGACGUUGAUGCAGGACGGGGUGGUCCCUGAUGCCGAGCAGCUGGAAGCUGGUAACAACAGUCUCCAGCCUGGCCGAAAGCCAACAGAGGAUGACAAUGGCGCGGACGAGGAGACCGUGGCCGAUGAACAAGCCAGGGCACAGCUCGAAGAUGAAGCCGAGGCUGCCUGGCAACACAUGUCUACUCUCAAGAGCAGUCGAUGGAGCAGGGAGGGCAGCUUUGCUUAG